GAAGCGAAAAAAAAACAUAUUAGAAAUAUGAAGAACAUCACCUUUAAGCUAAUUUUAUGUGUUUCUCUUGUUGUCGUUGCCUUCGGACAAGAUCUUGCAAAAGCCGGUGUGAAUCAUCUAGGGAUUUGUGACACAGACCUUGAGUGCCAAGGCAUGCGUUGUGACAGGGGUAAUGGAUAUUGUGAUCAGAAGGACGGAAAAUGCAAGUGUCCUAAGUUACAAGCGAUGUAUACAAAUAGAGCUGGUGUGAAUCAUCUAGGGAUUUGUGACACGGACCUUGAGUGCCAAGGCAUGCGUUGUGACAGGGGUGAUGGAUAUUGCGAUCAAAAGGAUGGAAAAUGCAAGUGUCCAAAAUAA